GGGGUUUUCAGACGAAACAGUUCGAUUUAAAAUUUAAACAUUGCUUAAAAAUCAACUCAGGCAGUACGCUCAAAAUUUUUUUCGUUUAAUUUUUUGUUCAAAUCCAACUUUUAAAUUUAAUGGAAGUUAAAAAUUCAAGUCAUGCGUUGAAAACUUGCUUGAGCAAUCAGGCGAUGCGAAAUCUUUUCGAAAUGCGACAAAACAAUUCAUUGUGCGAUGCAACAAUAACAAUAGACAAUGGCACCACCGUUUACGUUCAUAGGCCAAUACUGUCGGCUUGCAGUGACUACUUUCAAAAGGCAUUUAAUUCAAAGACAUCAAGUGAUGUGUCUGGUAACACUAAACAUGCUAACGAUGAUGUUAUGAAUAUCCAAAUCCCAGGAGUAAGUUCAUUCGCAAUAACGAAAAUCGUUGAAUAUUCGUACCUGCGAACGUGUGAUUUGACCGAGAAAAAUGUCUACGAGAUUCUAGUUGUAGCUGAUUACGUUGCCAUGCUGGGCCUAGUUCAACUCUGUGUUGAAUUUCUAACGAAAUCGCUAAGCUCGACAAACUGCGUUGGAAUCAUGCGAUUUGCAAUCGUUCGCGAAAACAAGGAUUUGUACAACAUGGCCCACCUCUAUGUUCUACGAAAUUUUGAGCACGUUGCUGCGAACAGUGAGCAGUUGAUGGAACUGCCAAUGGAAGAACUCUACACCAUAUUGAAUGAUGAUUUAUUGAAUGUUAGAGACGAGUACUUGGUGUGGCAAUGUAUUUUACGGUGGAUAGAAUACGAUCGCGAGACGAGAAAAAUGCAGAUUCCGAAACUGUUAUCAGCGAUUCGAUUGGGUUGUCUAAAUGCCACGUACUUCAUGGAAAACAUCAUGAACCACAAGUAUGUUGUGAAUAAUGCAGAGACUCAACCGAUCAUCCUGGAAGUUCUAGGUUUUUUGGAAGAUCUAAACGAUUUAGGUGAUCAAAGUGUAAAGAUAGUAACUCCUCGAAUGGCUGUCCCCCGUAUACCACAUGACGUCAUAUUUUUAACUGGUGGCUGGCAGAGCCGACCAGUAGCAAUCGUCGAAACUUACGAUACACGAGCCGACCGAUGGGUGAAUGUACCACAAAAGCCGAAUGUGAGUCGCUGUUACCAUGGUACAGCCGUCAUUGGAACAUUACUUUAUAUGGUUGGAGGAUUCGAUGGCAGGAAUUUCUUUAACACAUGCUGUGUUUUUGACGCUGUGAACAAAACUUGGCGUGAGAUCUCUCCAAUGCACACACAUCGAAGCUACGUUAGUGUGACCGAACUAAACGGGUUUAUCUAUGCGUUGGGUGGUUUCGAUGGCACUCAUCGCCUAAACACAUGCGAACGGUAUGAUCCGAUCACCAAUCAAUGGACUCUGAUACCGUCCAUGAAUGUGAUAAGAUCGGACGCUCAUGCGUGUACAAUAGAUGGUAAAAUCUAUAUAGCAGGUGGCUUCGACGGUCAGAUGUGUCUGGACAGCGCCGAAUGUUACGAUCCUGACACAAAUCUGUGGCUCAACAUUCCACCGAUGACUUCGAGACGAUCCGGUGUGUCUUGCAUUGGAUUCAAGGGAUGGUUGUUCGUUAUGGGUGGCUUUGACGGGACAUUUCGAUUGAAAACGUGCGAAAAAUUUAAUACAAAGACCAAUGAAUGGAGUACGAUACCUGAGAUGACAUACGAAAGAAGUAAUUUCGGUAUUGAAAUUCUGGACGAUAUGAUUUUCGUCAUAGGUGGCUACAAUGGUAUAAUCAAAAUACCGUUCAACGAAUGCUACAAUACGGAAAAUAAUCAAUGGUAUAAUGCAACGGUAAUGAGCAAACCCCGAGCAGGACAUAAGGCUAAUGUGGUAAAGGGAUUGCCGAAUGUUACGGAUUACAUUUAUAAACAUCGGGACCACUUAAUUGAGGAACGACGUUUGAGUAUUCGACGGCAAUAAGAUUAAUAAAAUUUUGAUUGGUAAAAAUU